UGACUGCGAAUGCUUGAAGGCGUGAGUGCAUGCAUCAUAAGCUGCAUGCGUGUAUGCUUCGAACUUUGGCGUCGUGAGCCGCAAAAUGCGCGCAAGGAGCAUUUGUACCGGUAAAUUCGUGACGGAGAUCCUAGGUCGAUGGCGUACCUCUCCAUGCUCCCAUAUUCUUCCACUCGACACUCGAGAUCAUCAAGCUGGAGACAUGUUCACCAAGCCAUCGACCUCCUGACAGGACGAGCCCAGGCGCCAAGGACCAAGGGCCAACGCUGCCAUGGACCAUUUCGCUCAUCCGGCUCACAGCCACCAACACCCACAGAUGGAAGGUGUGGGCCAAGCCGGUUCAUCUUUAGGCUCGAGACGAACCAGCGCCUCGUCACCUGCAUACGAAGAUUUUGCGACCCCUACGCGCAAAAAGCGGCGGAUACCACAGGCUUGCAAGCUCUGCAGCGCUAAGCGGGUCAAGUGCGAUGGUCAACAGCCAUGCGCUACCUGUGUGCGCACGCACGCUACCUGCGAGUACGGACAAGCCAAGAAACGUGGUCCACCCAAGGGCUCCAUUCGCGCCCGCGCCACCGCUUUGAGGUCCGAACGUCUCGCUCAUACCAGCGAUGGGCAUCGCCCAUCAGCCGACAGCUACGCUACCUCUAUUGCAGAUAGAUCCUCUCUGGACCACUCCGAGGCGCAACCUAAGAACGCUCCUCCAUUCCGAGGGACUUAUCCCGACGAGGUGGCACGAGAAGUGGCCGAUGGACAUGGGCAGCACGAACCAGCGCAGCCACGAACCAAUAGCAUCGUCGAAUCGCCGUCAAGCCUAGGCUCUCGGCAACGGGAAGAGUCAUACCAGUCACGCGAAAGGAGGCGCUCAGUACAGGAUCCUUUCCUCAAAGGUGCUUUUAUCAGACCCCUCGACCCAGCAGCCCAUACCACCCAUCUUCAAUAUCGCGGCAGCACUAGCGGCAUGGCUGUAGCAUCAGGCUCGUUCGAGCCGUAUCUGCCGCCUCCCAAGUUGUCUCGCUUGCGCUCCUCAUCUAGUGCUGGUACGAGCCACACGCCGCGGGAUGGCAUCCCGGACAUGGGACAGUGGGGUCCAGACGCAUCUACGCGGGGAGGCACGAAUCGAAGUAGAGCAGCUUGGGCAGGUCCGCCUCACCACGCUUCAGAGUCAACGGGUUUCUUGCACGACGCGGCCACCACAACGCGAAGCUCGAGAUCUCGCACUGAGAGCUCGCAAGGCGCUUCUUCGCGAGGUGAUGAGAGAAACAGAUACUCAUCGGCAUCCACUGCACUGACAGAGGAUCGCCCUUAUCUCCACUGGACUGAGACCUCUGAUGAUUCUCGCUUCGCGGAUGCGGCUCUGGAGGGGUGGCACAAUGAGCGCAGAGGGGCAAAAUUGAUGUCAUCGCGCGAACCCAGAUUGACUGCUAAUCCCUUGCCGCAGUACCUCGCGUCCAUUCGCGACCUGAGAGGAUCUCAACGGCUCUCAGAAGCCAUAGGAACGGGCCCAGACAUUUGUGGAAUGGAGGAACGUUUCGCCUACAACGAAAUCAUGGACGUGACAAUUCCGGAAAUCAUCAUCGACCGGCUCUUUGCCUUAUAUUGGAUGACCUGCGCCAUGCACUGGCCUUUGCUCUACAAGCCCAAGAUUCCCGUGAAGAACGGCGUGCCCCAGAUCAGCGAAAAGGAGGAGCCGCUGCUAUUUAAUGCCAUCUGCGCAUUGGUGAGCGCAUCCAUCGAUGACGAGACGGAAUCGACUCUGCUCCAAGAUCAGGCCGCUCGUGCCGCAAGCGAAGCGUCAGGCUUGGCCAAUGGCAGCGGAGACUCUCUCAAGCCAGUGACUGCGCGGGAGAUUAGCACCAUCUUCUUUAUCAGAGCGAAAUACUUCCUCAUGCGUAUCAACCACGAAUCGUCUCUCUCCAAUGUCGCAGCUCUGAUGUUCAUGGCUCUGCACGAAUGCGGCGCGGGGCGAAUGUCGCAGUGUGCCCAGUAUUCUGGUGCAGCAAGCAGGAUGAGCCUGGACAUUGGUCUGCACCGCCACCUGGACGUCUCCAGAGCCUUGGGUCAUUCGUACAGCGUCGCCGAAGAUCAAUGCAGACGUCGCCUCUUUUGGGGCUGCUACAUGAUGGACAAAUGCCUCAGCUUACAACUGGGUCGCCCGCCUAUCCUGCGUGACGUCGAGACGGAUUGCCCCUUUCCAUCGGCGGACGAAAAGACUUCUCCAGACGAGAACGAGCUCUGGACGGAUGGACCUGGCGCCGCCAUGUUCUUCAAACCGCCGACUCUGUGGAAGCUCAGGGAUGCAAAACCGCGAAGCAUCACCUUUCAAGUUGCUGGAGCCAAGUUGGCUCAAUGUGCGGAAGGCGUAAUCGCUCAGUACAACACAAUUCACAGCAAGGUCGAUCCAGCGAAACGCGAGCCCACCGGCAAAGCUGUAGCGCGCUGUCAUCGAGAUUUGGUAAGAUGGAGAGAAGAAAUGCCAAGCUGUCUCGAUAUCAGCAAAAGCGAGAAUCAGAUGCCGCAACUGCUAAGUCAAUAUUUGUGGUGGAGGGCCAUCAUGAUUGUGCUUCAUCGGCCUUACAUCAAAACGAAGUUUCCGGAGCACGACGGCGAAAUGCCCUCCUCGCACGUCGUCUGCUCCGAAAGUGCUCGCGAUAUAUGCCAGCUCUUCCAACUGUACGAAGAGACAUUCGAUAUACGCAAGUCGUCGACUCUGCUCGUGUACGUGCUGUACACCUCGGCAACCAUCUCCCUCGCAAACACCACCUCGCCCGACCCCGUCGUGGUCGCGGAAGCCAAGCAACAGCUAGAACAGACGCUGCGGUGGCUGGGAAAAAUGGGCAAGUCGUGGAGUGCAGCGGAACAUCAUCGUCAAGUCGUUGCAGCUUUGUUGGAGCGCAAGAGCGAGGAGUCCGCUGGAAAAAGUCAGGCGAAGAAUGGGGUCGCUCGAGAGCGCGCAUCUGGUCAGCAGUCGGUGCCCCGCGAGGCCAAUGAUUCAGGUCUCGAGCCGAUGGAGAGCAAAACUCAGCCGGCACCCCUAGUGUCGCUGCCAGAACAGCACUCUCGACGCGCUGUGCUCGCUCAGAUGCCACUAGCCCCAGCGCUAGGACCUCCUGAUUUCUCAACAGGCUUUCAGAGCUUCAGCUCGAAUUUUGCCAGCGCUCCAACCACAGCUGCGUUUCCGGAUGCAGCAUCUUCAGUCCAACGCCCAGCUCGCACAUUCAUCCAAGACUACAUCGACUUUAGCCCAGACUGGAGCGUGCCGCAGCAAGACGGUUCGCAGGCGCCCUUUAUGGGCAGUCCGAACGACUUUUCGGACGCGCAAUCUUAUCUCCGUGCAGCUGACCAGUAUAUGGGUGCUGUGCCCCUGGCGCAUCAAGAUCGAUUCCCUUGGCUUAAUUUCCAGUCCGACUACCUGAACGCUUUUGCUCAGCUGAGCGUCCCGCCUACGGACGCGUCCAUGCUUGGAAGUGCCGUUGCUCCAGCUCUCGAACGUCCCCCGGCACCACCGAGCGCGACGGCUCCCAUCCCGCCCACCGCGGACCCUGUAAAUGGAUCAUCUCGACCAAGUGACGGGCCGAUCAGGUGGGCCAUGGAUUCUGCUUUGUCGGACGCUAUGCCACGAUGAAGCGCGCCGAUCGACUCGUCGGUUCGACUGGUCAGUCCAUAGCUACGCAACAAAAAGAAAGCAAAGCACAAACCACCUUCAUCAUGUUGAAGCACCUAGGACCCUCUCGUACUUCUUCAGCGCGCCUUUCUCGAUGCCUCUGUAAUCCCUCCCUCGUCUUCUCCUUGCAUUGCAACCAUUGCUUUUGUAGCGUACUUGGCCCCUCCCUCGCACAUCAGAUCACCGCGGACGAUCAUCUACCUGCUUUCCCUCCCCGUGACGCCUG